AUGUUUGUUGGAUUCAACAACAAGUUGCAAAAUGUUGUUUUUGGUCAGGCAUUGUUGAGGGACGAAAGAGCAGAUACCUUUGAGUGGUUGGUCAAGCAAUUUAGAGCUUGUAUGGGGGGCAAGGAUCCUAUUGUUAUCUUCACAGAUCAAGAUUCUUCAAUUGAGAAGGCAAUAAAUUUGGUAUUUGAAAAGAUACCGAUUGAAUUUGAGCAAGCCUGGGCUGCAAUGCUUGACAAAUAUGAAGUUCAUGAGUCCAAAGUGCUGAUGAAGUUGUACGACGAAAGGAACAUGUGGGUGGGUGCUUAUUUCAAAGAGAUAUUCUACGGGACAAUGACUUCGACACAAAGAAGUGAGAGUGUCAAUUCUACCGUCAAUCAUGGUUAUUGUGACAAUUCAACGGCAAUACAUGAGUUUGCGAAGUCAUUCUUGGAACUUUUGGCGCAUAAUAAGGAGAAAGAGGCAGAAGAGGAGUUCAAUUCGCAGGCCCCGAUUAUUGCCUCGACAUUUUAUGGCUACGACAAUCAGCUUAGCAGAGUGUACACCAGAGCUGUGUACAAGGUGUUCGUGAGUAGACUCAAAUCAAGCACUGCUUUCCGUGUGCGUCCAGACCCGGACAAGGCUGGUUACUACCUGGUGAAGCACACAAGGCCCCCAACUGAUUUCCCUUGGUUAUGUCAUGAAUUUUGGGUGAAAGCUGUAGUGAAUGAGGAAAUUCCUGAGGAAUCAGAAUUUAAUUGCGAGUGCAUGAGAAUUGAGCACACGGAAAAAUGUUUAUCCGCUUUACUGAAUUACUGA